UGGAUGGCUGUGCUGCGGCUCGCUCUCCCUCUCUCCUGUGCGAGGCCGCCAUCUUGAAUUUUAAUGUUAAUUUCUUUUUUUUUAUAAAAAAUGUGUUUCCUGUGAUAUAUGUCGCGUUCGGGGAGCGGAGCCACUUUGGGAUUAGUUGUGAGUGUGUAGUGCGGCGGCGGGCCCCCCCAGAAGAAGCCGCCGGUUUCAAACUCUAGACCCCAGUCUUCCCCACUCGAGAGCGUUUCUUCAUCUCAGAGACUAAAUGCAACUGGACCAGGGGGCUUGUGGGCAUGAAGUGGCUGGGCGAAUCCAAGAACAUGGUAUUAAAUGGCAGACGACACGGAAACAAGUUGACCAGCGAACAACCGGUGAGCCAGAGCCAGACCCGCUCUCAGCACUCACAGCGGGCGUCCCUGCGCCACAACAAAAACAGAAACCGAAGAUGUAGCCGCAGGUUUAACGCAGCCAGUCUGGAGGCAGAGCGGCGAUAUGUGCCCUCCUCUGGAAUGACUGCCAAGGAGUUGUGUGAGAAUGACGAUCUGACCACGAGCCUCAUCCUGGAUCCAUACCUGGGCUUUCAAACUCAUAAAAUGAACACCAGAUUUCGACCAAUUAAGGGAAGACAAGAAGAGCUGAAGGAGAUCAUCGAGCGCUUCAAGAAACACGACAACUUGGAGAAAGCUUUCAGAGCUCUGACCUCCGGAGACUGGUCCCGAAAUCUUUUUCUCCACAAGACGAAAGCCCAAGAAAAGCUUUUCAAGCAGCAUGUGUUUGUGUAUCUGCGGAUGUUUGCCACGGACAGCGGGUUUGAGAUUCUCCCGUGUAAUCGCUAUUCAUCUGAGCAAAACGGAGCUAAAAUUGUGGCAACAAAGGAAUGGAAAAGAAACGAUAAGAUCGAGUACCUGGUGGGAUGCAUCGCCGAGCUCUCGGAGAGCGAGGAGAACAUGUUGCUCCGGCACGGCGAGAACGACUUCAGUGUCAUGUAUUCAACCCGCAAGAACUGCGCGCAGCUCUGGUUGGGACCAGCUGCGUUCAUCAAUCACGAUUGUCGGCCAAACUGCAAGUUUGUGUCGACGGGGCGGGACACGGCCUGUGUGAAGGUUUUGAGGGACAUUGAACCAGGAGAAGAGAUCUCGUGUUACUACGGAGAUGGGUUCUUCGGGGAAAACAAUGAGUUUUGUGAAUGCUAUACAUGUGAACGACGGGGCACUGGUGCUUUCAAAUCCAAAGCCGGACUGCCAGUGGAGGUGCCGGUGAUCAACAGCAAGUACGGGUUACGGGAGACGGACAAGCGUCUCAACAGGCUGAAGAAGUUGGGGGAAGGAAACCGGAGCUCAGACAGCCACUCUGUAGGCUCCCACACCGACGUAGACUCUCAGGAAAUGCCAAAAACACAUCAAUCUGCCAGAAAAAGAACAUCAUCAUCUGGCCUGAAGUAUAAAAACAGGACUCAAUCCAGACAGACUUUGUCGAGAGCCCUUACUACCUCAUGUUCAAAACAAGGUCGUGUAAACAAUAACAGGGUACCAAAGAGACUAAAAUCCCAAUCCAAGCCUUCACUAAGUAAAGUCCAGUUGCGGAGUCGCAGGCGGGGUGCAGAGCCCAAGGCAUUGGCCAAAGGAGAGACUUGCCAGCUGGGUCUCAGGGACUCAAAGGUGUCGCUGUGUAAAAGUGUCACCGUCAAGAAGGAGAAGGACGGACAGGAGCUGGUGCAGCAGACACUAGGCCAGCGGGGCUGCCUCACCCGUCACGCUGCCAAGGAGAACGGCAAUCUACCGCACGUGCAAAGCAGCGAGGGCAGCCAGUGUUCGACGUACAGAACUCGCAGGUCCACACGGACCCUCGUUAAAGCGCAGGAAACGGCAGCUGGCGUUAAGCUGGAGCCCAGCGCCAUGGACGGCUUGAGCCCAGUCCCUGGUGGAGUGGUCAUUAAAACGGAGCCGGCUGACAUGGAGGAGUACCUCGGUCACGGGGUCGGACUGGAGCAGCCGGCAUUAGACGGCGGCUACAGCAGAAGAAGCUCGUGCACCAGGCGGAAACGGCUGACACGGCUUAGAACCGAGCGGACGAUUAAACGCGAGGACUCGUACGGCGAGCCGUUCAUGCCCGUGGCUGCUGGCCACACCACUAACUUCUCAGACUGCGGUAAUGUGCUGUUGAGCUUCGCCGACCGGCACAGGGACUACAACGGGGUGGCCAACGGCAGCAAGUCCCUCCGCAGGGACAAGGGGAAGAGCAGCUGCCGGUCGCAGGAAAAGGGGAAGAAGAAGCGCCGGAUCACGCGAUACGACGCUCAGCUGAUCCUGGAGAACAACACGGGCAUCCCGAAACUGACGCUCCGCCGGCGGAGGGACAGCAGCAGUAGCAAGACCAAUGACGCCAACGACCCCAUUGGCUCCUCCAACCUUUCUGCCUCGACGGUCAACUCGGCCUCUUCCAGCAAAAUCAGCAUCAAGUUCAGCAAGGACCACGAUAAGGACAAAGGCAGCUCGUACAUCGCCAAACUGAACAACGGCUUCGCCCCGGUGGUGCACAGCAACUCCACCAAGCUGAAGAUCCAGCUGAAGAGGGAGGACGACGCACGGAGGAUAUCGCAGACGAAGGCGGACCAGAUGUCCUAUAACGGGGACAUGGGUCAGAGCCUGGAGGCCAGAAACGGUGGACAUCGGACCCAAAAGGUCCUGGCAGAACCUUCGUCUGAGGAGGACGAAGACGAGGAAGGGGAGGAGGACGAGGACGACGACGACGAUGAUGACGACGACGACGACGACGAUGACUACUUCGACAAUGAGUUCGAAGACGAUUUCAUUCCACUUCCUCCAGCAAAGCGCCUCCGACUCAUCGUGGGUAAAGACUCCAUAGACAUCGAUAUCUCCUCCAGGAGGAGAGAGGAUCAGUCUCUGAGGCUCAAUGCAUAAGCUGUGGAGCUCAUCACUCCCAACCUUCCCCCUGUAAAUAAAGAUGACUCGCUAAUCAACUGUUGUGUUGAUGUAAAAGAAGUACAGUAAUUUAAAAACAAACACAAAAAAAAUUGCUGAAAAAUUAAGAAUCUGAAUGAAAGUUGCUAGAGGAAGCGGUCGGCCUGAAACAGAUCUGUGUUCUUCACUUAAUUUGAGUUCUUUUAUAAAUACAAAUUACAUUAAUUGAGCAGAAGUUUACUCACCCAGUACGUUUCUCUGGCAUUUUAUCUGCCUACUUAUGCGAAUUGUAAACUUAUUCUUUCUGAAUAAUCUGGCCGGAUCGCGAGUGAAAAACGAGACUCUGUUUCAGGUCGAACUCUUCCUCUCAGUGAAUGCACUUAUAUUCAUAAUGGACAUGGAUAUUGUAGAAAGUGUACAGUAUGGUGACUACCCCCUCUGUCUCAUAGGCAGGUUUUUAUUGAACUUUUUUGAUUUAUUCUUUUAUUUUUUUUUGUCUCAUAGUUUGUAAUUCUUUGUGUGGCAAAACAACAAACAACAAACCCCACGCUGAGCGUUAGGGCGUGGUGUGGUUGGUCCAGAGGCAUUAUAAGAUCAGUCAGUUCAUGUGGAUUCAGGUGCCAUGUUCUCGUUAUCAGCAGUCUUUGUCAGUCUCUCUGGCAGCAACGUGAACCAGGAAAUGUUCAGUUUUAUGUUUUUGUUAUGAAGUGAAGAGCAAAGGGUUCUCCUGCAUGUGGAAACGGCUGAUUACUACUAAUAAUUAGCAUCAAUAAUCAAUGUUUCAGCGACUGCUUGGUCAGUUUGGACAGUACUGAAAUGGUUUUGGGGGUUAUUGAGGAUCCUGAAUCCAUUUUUGAUGUUGUCAAAGUACAAACUAGCCUCAUUUUAAAUCCCGGGGGGCUGAUUCUGAUUUAUUUUGAGGUCAUUUAUAUGUUUAAUACUUUAAACAUUCACACCGAUGACCUCUUUAAUUCCUAAAUGCAGGUCCAAAGUUAAUAUUUGUUCUGAUUUCAUCAGUUCUGCUGGAGGUUUUCUUGCUGUGCAGCAUUGACCUGUGUGUUUGGUUCUGUAUUAAACAUAAAUAACCUCAAAAUGAAUCUAAAUCAGCCCACUGGGAGUUGAAAUAAGGCCUCUUCAGGUUUAAACAGCCAUUUUGAAGACAUCAGAAAUGCCUUCAGCUUCCUCAAUAACCACAGAAACCCAUCCAGUAGUGUCCAGAGCGUCUAAGCAGUCGCUGAAUUAUUGCCCAUAUAUGUGACUAUGCUAAUUAAUGCUAAUUAACACCCUGCAGUUUCUAUAUUCUGGGGACCCACGCUCUACAUCUCUAACAUAAAACAUCUCCAGGUCCACAGUCGGGCUCUGCUGGCUGCCGGUUUUUAAAGAACCACUUUAAUUUCAGUGACUUAUUAAUCAUCAGCGUUAAUUACUGUGUAAGAGUCUCUCUCUCUCUCUCUCUCUCUCUCUCUCGUUCAGUCACACCGAUCAUGUUAUUCAUCGAGCAUCAGUAGAAAGAGUUUGUUGAAGCAGAAUUUACAGUUUUAUGUAUAUUAUGGAUUUAACAAGUUAACCGUCGCACACAGAAACUCGUAACGAUAACAACAAUAUGCAUGUUGGAACUACAGAGUUCGGUUUGCCUGCAGACGUCACACCUUCAUAAUCACCCCCCCCGCAGAGAGCGCUGUAAAUACAUUAAAGUUAAUUACGCUGCAGGAGUUCCAAGAAAUGAAAAAGCACACGAGGUUUUUAUAAUCAGCUCAAACAGUUUAAGUUCCUGAAGCUGCUGUUUAAUGUUAACGUGGCACCUGAAGUCCGACCCCCUUCCAACAACUGAGAACUCAAACCAAACCCCGACUUAUUGAUGCUACCUAUACGCUUCUUCAUCCUGAGGUAAUGUACAGAAAGACUGGCUCAAUUAUGACCUUUUUUAUUUCCUCUCAAGUCCAGUUUUUUUUAUUUUUUUUUAUUUACUGAAUCUGAUUUUUGUUUUGGAAGCAAGUUAAGAAAAGUCCAUCGACACUAGAGUUUGAGGAGGAGAAUCACGUCGUCUGAAAUGUUCUUGCUAGCUUAGGAUCAUGUAUUCUUUUUCUCUAUGGUGCUACUUUUAUUUCUUUUACCAUCUGUUUGAAUUUAUGUCCUGUGUGUUAUUGGUGGAUGGUGGCAGCAUUAACUCCCAACAGGCCCCCAGAUUCUGUAUAAAUUACACACUUUAUGUCAGUAAUUGUUUUUAUCUGUAGCCGGUUUAAGUUGUUUUUCUCUCCAGGACCUCACACACUAUGUUUGUUUGUACAGUGAUUUACUGUCGACGCUGUGGAAAAAGAAGUUGAGAAAACUCCGAAUUUCAAGUUGUUUUAAAUAAACUAAUAAUUUACUGAUUUAAUGAUAAUUUACUUUUCUUUCUUUAGAGAAUAACUUAACUGAGUCUUCAAUAUAUUUAAAAAGUGUGAAAUAUUUCCUGUUUUCAGUCUCAACUAUUAAAGUUUAUAAACUAUUUAAAACAGCCAAAUAAUCAAUAAUCAGGUUGAUUUUGAAUUACAGAUUUGUUUUGUUUCUAAAACUUAAAGAUCUAAGUUUUUCUAAAGAAGAAAAUUAAAUUAUCUCCACAAAAUAGAUUGAAUAAAUUUUAUUUUAGUUUAUUUUAAAACUUGAAAGUUCGAGUUGAAUCUUUUUAAGUUUUGGAAACAAAAAUCUGUUUUUGAAAAAUUGUUUAAACUCUUUAAAGUGAACAAAACUUAAUAAAUUAAUAUUUUUAUUUGCAAUUAUUUAAUUUUCAAGCACCAAAAUAAUGAAAAUUGGCUCUGAACAAUUAAUUUUUUUUUUUUUCAAAGUUUAUUUCAAAACUUUAAAUGUCAUGAAUAAACUUAAAAAUAUCAUAAACAGUUAAAAUUCAGAGUCUUCUCAACUUCUCUGUGUGGUUUGUUUUACAGUGUAACAGCAUUAGGUGCCUUAAAGGAAAAAAAAAAAGCUUUUUGACACAUUUUGACCAAAUUUGUUUGCGGGAUUAAUCGAUGAAGAGUUUAAAAACAAAAUGCUAACGCCAUCAUCUGCUUCCCCUUCUUCGUGAUACAGAAACACUUUCAACCGUCAGUCCUUCUGUAUAUUAUUUUAUUUCUGUUGUGUGGAAGUAAAGUGAACUGUCCAACAGAUCAAGGGAUCAACUGAGAUUGAAUGUUAACCCACGUUUCCUGUGUUAAUAUGUACUGUUCAUAUCACCAGCAGCUAAUCGCCGUUCUGAAACCUGGCUCAGUCUGUCCUUCCCCCUUCGUCGGACGUCUCCAUCCUUACACUGUAAACUGUUCCAGGUUGUACCGUCUGUGUGGUCUUUGUCCAAUAGACAGCUGUCAAAGAUUUCCAAUUGAUUCAAAAAGUAAAAGAGGAAAAAAAAAGCAACAAAAAAAAACCUACAAAAAAAAAAAAAGCAAAACAAAUGUGAAUAGUUUGCGGACAUUUUAGCGUGUUGCGUGGGUAGUGGGAAACAUGUAAAGAGAAUUAAAAAUGGGCAGUGUGUAUAUUGUCCAAUAUGUAAAUCAUGUGAACACAUCUUGUACUUAUUUAACAGUUUUGAAUACUUGAAAACUAUAUAAAGUUUCUUUGUGA